CGACUUUACGAGCAUCAAGGGUGGUCCUUUACAGCCAGCUUUGGAUGGGCUGAACUUCUGCCAAGUUAAGGUACAUGUUACACAUCAAGGAACCAAUGACAAGGUCUUGAUUGAAACAUGGCUUCCGUUAACCAAUGACGAGUGGAAUGGGCGAUUCCAAGCUACAGGAGGCGCAGGAUUCGAGACCGGCAUGUUUGGUGGCCAUCUUGGGCAAGCCGUUCGAGACGGCUGGGCCGCAGUAUCAACAGAUGGAGGGUCCGGCAGUCACGACCUCUCCCGAGUCAAAGAUGGAAGUUGGGCGUUGAAAGACAGUACCGAUGGUACGCUCGACUGGAACUUACUGCACAACUUUGCAUCACGAAGUCUUGUUGAUCAAGUUAAGAUUGGCAAGGUCAUCACUGAACUAUAUUACGGCAAAUCCCCACAUCACUCAUACUGGAAUGGAUGCUCCACCGGCGGAAGACAAGGUUACAUGAUUGCACAGAAAUACCCAUAUCUUCUGGAUGGUAUCCUCGCCAAUGUGCCUGCGUUCAAUUUUGUCAACCUUGUCACUGGCGAAUUCUGGUCCCAACUGGUGAUGAAGCAGCAGCAGACAUUCAUGUCAAACUGCGAGUUCGAGUACUUCAGAUCGAAGGCCAUCCAGAAGUGCGACAUGAUAGAUGGUGUACACGAUGACAUGAUCAAUGACCCGGAAGCCUGCGAAUUUGACCCGUUUGACAUUGUUGGCGACGAGAUCCAGUGCGACGAGAAGCACGUCUAUAUUACUUUGGAGAUGGCGACUGUAGUCGAGCACAUUCUUAAUGGUCCAAAACAAGUGCCAUGGGGACCCAUCUUCCAUGGGCUCAGUCCCGGUGUUCGAUUCAAGCACCUGGCAAAUAUCAGCAUAUCGGAAGACGGUACAAGGUCACAAAAUCCGUUUGGAAUAUGCGAAAGCUGGAUGAAGAACAUCGUCCUCAGAAACCCUUCCGCUCGACUAGAUUACCUCGACAUCACUUCGUACUUCGGACAUUGGGCCCAGGUCAAUUACGAACUUGGAGGUCUACUCAACACUGCUGAUCCAGACCUAUCGGCAUUGAAAGCGUCUGGCACUAAGUUGCUUACAUGGCAUGGCAUCGAUGACACUGUCAUUCCUUAUCAAAAUACCAUCGACUAUCGGAAGAGAGUUGAGGGUGCGAUGGGUGGUGCACAUGCGGUGGAUCAGUUCUAUCGACUUUUUCUUGCACCAGGUGUAGAGCAUUGUGGAGAUGGUAUAGGACCAGUUCCCAGGUCUUCCCUUCAGACACUUGUUGAUUGGGUAGAAAGGGAUGAGGCACCAGAAAUACUAGAAGCCGAAACGACGAACGCUAAGGGCGAGGCGGUCACCAGAGAUCUGUGUGCAUACCCUGGCAGGUCGAAGUACAUGGGUCUUGGUGACGCGAACAGGGCUUCAAGCUGGAGCUGUGUAGGCGGAACGGAGAGACCCGAGACCCUUUUACAAGACCAAGCCAAUGAGCGCACAGGUCGAAUCUUGGGAGGUCUAGCAGAUCGCUUCAAGGGCUUGGGGCUCGCAUUGAGCAUUAGCUGA